AUGGGUGUAUCUUCAGGUGACAUACAUAAUAUUAUGGACAAUAUUUUACUUUUGAAACAAAGUCAGAAAAGUUUGAAUAUACAACAUUCAUUUGACUUAACAACAGAACCACCCGCUGUAUUAUCCUCAACAUCCACUGCCACUCCACAAACAGAUGUUUUUCCACCAAGCCCUGUGAUAAAUGCGUUAAAUCGUAGUUCAAGUCAAAGUGCAGCUUAUUCACCAAGAAUAACAAUCCAUACUCCACCGUUGAGUGCCGGCCCAUCUCCUGAACGUUCAUCAUUUGGUGAAACUUCAACGUAUCCUCGAUCAAAUUCCUACAACAAUAACAACAAUAGCAAUACAUUUUUUGAUAUCACUCCAUCUUCUUCAUCUCCACAUCGUUCAGCAUCACUUGAUAAUUCUACACCGGAGACAUCAUAUAAUGAUUUUCUAAUACAACAACAACAACAACAACAACAGCAACAACAACUACAACAACAACAGCAACAAUAUCCAUCCCCUCCAAUGAUGGUGAGACACCACAAUAAUGGUGGUCAAGGUAGAAUGUAUUACUCAGAUCAACCACAAUUUCGUCAAAUGUACAUGCAACAUCCGUCGUGGCAUCGACAACCACACCCUCACAUGUACUAUCACCAUCAUCCUUACGAAACGCAGCAACAUCAUCCAUUUCAUCAACAUCAUCAGCAUCACAGAUUGCCCCCGCCACCACCACCUCAAUUUCAUAUGUCAGAUCAACAACAGUACAUGUCGUCACAGCAACAAUCUCCACAAUCAAAUAAAUCUUUAUCGGAAACCAAUCCGUUGCAAUCCUUAGAACGUCUUGUACUUUUACCAGAAUCACAAGUUAUUGAUCCUAAGAGCGUUGUGAAUGAAAUUCAUGAUCCGCCUUCUCCGUUCAGCGAAUCAUUGUCACCUUAUUCUUCUCUAUCACCAAAUCCAAAAAGAGCCACUACCACACCUCCAACAGCAACCACAAACUUGUUAACUAACGAAAAAACAAUUACAGAUCAGCAUCCAAAAACAAAACGAUCAACUCAUGUUUCGUCGGGGCACGAUGAUAGAGAUAAUCAGUCUAAAAAGAGUCGAAUAGUUGAUUCAUUAUCGGUUGAUCAAGUUAAUUCGCAUACUCAUCCGGUUGUCACAAGUCUAUUGACAAGAGGAAUUAAUCAACAGCAACAACAACAACAACAACAACACACAUUACCGUCAAUCAAAUCUCUUCAACAAAAAAAUUUUCAGCAAUCUCCAUAUGGACAACAGCAGCAGCAGCAGCAGAUGAUGUAUCAACAACAACAGCAAUUUGAUCAACCAAGACCAUACGAUUUCGUCGAUGGAUCGAAUGACUAUUUAGAAAAGAAUUGUUUUUCCAGUGACAGCGAAUAUAUAGAACAAGAUUAUACACAACUAUUUACAAAAUUACGUUCAACUAUUAAUGAUUAUCUUAGCAGAAAUAGAUCAUCUAGUAUGACCGCAGUAAUUCCAUCUCAGUUAGAUGGAUUAUCUGAUACGUCAACGAUUUCAUGGAGUAGAACCUUAAGAACAAGACAUGUCGAAUCAGAUACAUCAUCGAAAACUGGUAAUACGAAUCAUAACCAUCAUAGUCCAUUGAUGUCACCCAGCAAUAAUUCAGGCACGACUGAUCCGAAACCAAAAUUAAUUACUUCAUUGAGUGUGCCACCUAUAGUUCGCAGUGAUGCGAAUGAUGACAUUGAUUCAAGUACUACUCGAAUUCGACCAAAGCGUAAUUCUUUUAGUGUUACGGACGAGUCACAUUUGAAUAGUACAAAUAAUAAUAAUCUCAGUAGCAAUACAAACAAUCAUCAUGCUCCAAAACGGCGUUAUUCAUCUACAACAACAAAAAAUAAUGGAAUUUCAACAACAUCGGCGAUUGAAGAGAAGAAGGUGGCAUUCACGACUACUGUUCUCAAUAAACCAAGUAUAAUAGUCACACCAGAAAAUGAUAAUUAUGUCUCAUUAUCGUCAACUUCUCCGUCAUCUACAAACGAAGAAAAAUCAGUAACCCACAUUAGCGACAACAAAUCACGACCUAUUACAACGGCAGAAAUGAUUUAUGAAGACAUAUCGCCUGAAAUGUCUUGUUCAGAAUUUCCACCUAGCGAUCAAGUCAUGGAAGAAAUACCGGUAAUAAAUCAUAAUAAAACUACAACAUCCGAUGACCUCGUAUUACCCCUUGUGGAUACAACAGCGUCAACAAAACCUGUUCGUGAGGCUAAGAAACGUUCACUAAUUUAUAAUGGAAAUACAUUACAAGCAUUAACAACAAUGGUUUCGGCUGGACUUAUUUCUGCUAAUGAAGAUGAUGAAGAUUUUGAAUAUGUACCACCAUCACGGUCCAGAUUAGAAACGCAAUCAAGUGGUACUUCCUCAACUGAGCCUGUUAAUCAUGAUGAAGACGAUGACAGCUCAUCUGAAGAUGAUGAAGAAAGUAGCGACGAAAAUGAAGGAGAAAAUGAUGACGAAGAUGAAGUAGGGGAAGUAACUGGUGAAUUACAAUAUGAAGAACAAAUAGAGCCAACUGAUGAAAGUGAAAUUAAUUGGAAUGUUCGAAAUCGUCCAUCACGUCAAACACAUUCGAUACGCUUUGAUGCUAUACCGAAACAAGAUGAGCAAACAUUUUUUGUUACUUUGGAGGCAAAAGCACCACAAUUAGCUUUGUAUUUAAACGAUGAAUCAGAUGAGGAAAUAGAAUGGAGACCAGAUGAAACAAACAAACAAAAUACUAACGAUAAUAUACUAUCCAUAAAUGAACAAGACGAGGAAAAAAAAGAUGUGGCUAAAAAACCUACAAAAUCAAAGCGUCGACGACUUUCACCUGAAAAUGAAGUUGAAAAUGAAGCAACAGAAAUAUUAAAGAAAUUUCGUCAUGUUGAAAAGAAAAAAAGUACAACGAAAAUAUCGACAAAAAAUAGAGCUGAUGAACUGUUUGUGGUUAAUUCUACAACAAAACGAUGUAUCAUCUCGGGUGUAAAUAUUGAUAAAACACCGACAACAAAAUUAUCAUUAACAACAUCAAAUACAGGGACAUUUCAUUUUCAACGACAACCAAAAUUGAAUCCAGUAGAGGAUACAAAAUCACAAUGGAAAUGUAUUCUAUGUUGGAAAAAUUCAUUCGAAGAUUAUCUUGGACCACUGUAUGGACCCUAUAAACUAGACGACCAAUGUAAAGCAUUUUUAUCUGAUUCUAAAGGAUUAGCAAAACAUUACCGUUCAUUAGUUGAAGUAUGGUUUCACCGUGAUUGUGCAAUAUGGAAUAAUCAUCUACAUAUGCAUCAUCAUACAGGAGAUUUGGUUAAUGUAUCCGAAGCUGUUAUUACGUACCUUCCUAUUUCAUGUUCAACAUGUCAUUUACCUGGUGCUGCGCUCACAUGUCGCCAGAGGCAUUGUAAAGCAAGAUAUCACUAUUCAUGUGCUAGAGCAACAGAAAAUUGUCAAUUGAUCGAAGAGAACUAUUCUGUUUAUUGUCCAAAACAUCAGGUAAAUACAUACGAUAAACAUUAAGUAAAUUAUUACUAAAACGAGCCAAGUUUCAAAAUUAGGUGACUAUAAUAGGAUUAUAACUUUAAAAUUUCCUCAACUGAAAUAUUCUGCUAUUGAAAAUUGAUCUUGUAGAUAGAUGUUUGAAAGAUAUUAGAUAGACUUGACUUAGAUUAUUCAAUAUUGAUUUAGAGUAUCGUACUCUGUCUAUCUUUAUCAUUUUUUUACUGUAGCACAAUGCAACAAAACCAAAAUCUACUACUGGUCGUCCUAAACAUUCAAUACCAUCAAUAUCAGAGGCUACACUACUAGAGGACUAAUCGAUAAAAUAUAUCGUGAUGAUGAUUGACUCAUAUAGUUUUUUUUUUCAACAUUCUCGCAUUUGUUCGUUUAUUUCAUUCUUUCUUAAUACUUCAUGUGUAUUUCUGUAAUUGUUUUUGUUUUUCUUUUGUGUAGAUGCGAUAAUCAAAAUCGUAUCAUUAAUAAAAUUGCGUUUUUUUUUUAUAGUGCAUACCACUGUUGUUGUUCUUUCUUUUUAAAGCGUAGUCUGACAAUAUUCGUAACUCUCUGUUUACACAAUUCUGUUUAUAUGUGCUUGCUUGUCUGUUGUAGAAAUCUUUGUUUUCCAAUCUUCUUCUCUGUUUUUUUUUGUCCGUGGUGUGUAAUUUCUCUUAUGAUGUUAUUAGUGUUGUUGUUCUCGUUUUCUAUUGAUAUUUCUUUCCGGAUUAGAACGAAAAUAUGUUCAUUUAUGUUGUCAUUCAUAUACUAAAUUUAUACACAUCUGCCUGCUUUUCAACAAUGAACUUUCAAAUACGUAUAACGAUCUUUGAAAUCCGUUGUGCGAAUUUUUCAUAUAUAGAAUAAAAAUCUUGAAAUAAGAACUCAAACUUCUGUUUUAAUCAAAAGUUACAUAGCAGUAGUUCUCAUUAUUGUGAAAUUAUACACUGAUCAUAUGUAUAUAAGAUGCACAUAAAGCAAACUUCGAGUGAAAUUUUUUUUUUGUGCUUUAUUAUACAUAUUCUGAAUCGCCAGGUCGAGCUGAUCACGAAUAUCACCUUCCCAGCUCGAAAAAGUGAAAUUUUGAUGGAGAAAAAUGC